AUGGUCAUGCGCACGCCGGUGGCCGCGCCCCCCGCCGCGAGCCGCUGCGAGCCCGUUGGCCACGCGCACGCCGGUGGCCGCGCCCCUCGCCGCAACGCCCCCCGCCGCGAGCCCGCUGGCCGCGCGCAUGCCGGUGGCCGCGCCCCCGUCCGCGAGCCGCCGGUUCCUGAUGCUCCGCCAGCGCUGGUGGACCUCUCGCCUGAGUACCUCAUCGGCGCCCCAAAUUCCGUGCGGGAGCGGGUGGCGCUCCGGGGCCUCGAGAAGCAUGGAACCUUCGCCGACGCCGCCGAAGGUGCUGCUGCAGUGGCGCCACCUCCGUCGAAGAUUCUUAGGGUUGACGCCGUCCGCUCUUGCGAGGACUUGCUGGUUGAGCUCACCGAGCAGGUUGGAAGCUCUGGAAUUCGGGAUAUAAUUAUGCCUUUUAGACAAGAUAUUCAAAACUUUAUUUGUAUCAAGAAACCUACACUACCAGAGUCUUGUUUGGAAUUGCUUAGAGAAGUGGACCCAGAGAUCCAAUCUAUGGCUGCAUCAUCAUCAGUGGAGCAGAAUGGUAUCAAGAAACACGACAAUCAUCAGUCCUUAUGCAAUGUCCACCAUCUUAACUCCAAUAUUGAUACACCUAGGCCCACUAUUGCCAGUACUGAGCUUCAGCCUGGGAAUUUAACAAAUUUAGUCAACAACCUUGAAAAUGGUAAUUUCAAGCAGUGUCCAGUCAAAUCAACUGUUGAUCUUGAUAAGCCACUUGAAACAGACAGAAGGACCUGGUGAUCUGUAUGAA